GACCGCCAUACUUUUCAAUGUUGACAUAAUUUCUAUCACGACCAGAACAAUUUCUCAAUUAUUGGAGUUAAUAGGGAGAGUUUAAUAAAUUAGAACAAAUGGCAGCUCCCUCCCGACCUCCCCCACCCGUUGUGGGUAAGGUGACACAUCACAGUGUUGAGUUAUAUUGGAUAGAAGCAUUGGAAAGUUUGAAAGGAGAGAUGCAGAAAGGCGAUGGAAGAGUGAGGGCUGUCUUACAAGAACAAGACCAAAAUGGAGCUUGGAAUAAUUGCUACACAGGGUAUGCAAAGCGACACGUAAUGGACAAUUUGGAACCUCUAACACAGUACAGAUAUAGACUUCAGUUAAAAAACAACCAUGGUGGAAGCGAAAUGAGUCCCAUGGUGGCCGUCUCUACCACAAAGGAACCACUGACAGGUGACCACUUACACAGAGCUGUUAAUUUGAGGACUUUAGACCAAUUAGAAAACAUCUUAGAUACAGGAGAUGUUGUGAUUGAUGUACCAGAUAAAUAUGGCAACUGUCCACUAAUGAAUGCAGCUAGUAAAGGAUAUAUAGAUGUCAUGGACGUAUUGAUCGCACGAGGAGCUGAUGUCAAUUGGAAAAAUGAUUCUGGAAAAACAGCGCUAAUGAUGGCUUGUUACACUGGGAAACUGGAAUCAGUAGAACGUCUCCGUCAGGCAGGUGCUAGUUACGAUAUCACAGAUAAAGCCGGCUGUGCAGCCAUUCAUUCAGCCAUUGAUGGGAAAAAUAGUGAACUUAUAGAAUGGAUUUUGGAUGACGGAGCUGAUGUGAACACGAAAGAACUUUCCACAAAAUGGACACCUUUAUUACGAUGUGCAUCAGUAAAUGGCAAUGUUAAUGUAGCUUCAACACUUAUAAAACAAGGCGCAGAGUUAGAUAUAAAAGACGCAGAUGGUAAAACAGCACUGAUGAUUGCAGUAGUAAAUGGGCACCAACCUCUUGUUGAAUUAUUGUUAUCCAAGAAUGCUGAUGUACAGGCUAAAAAUGAGUUCGGCAAAACAGUUAUUGAAAUGGCACACUCUAUGGAUAGACAGCUAAUAAUUAGAACAAUGAAUGAACACAUGACCAGGCAUGGUUUAAAAGGAACAGCGAAAUAGAUGUGUGAAGACUCUACAAGAGCACAUGGAUCGUCUUAACAUCAAAUACUACUGACAGAUAUAACACAAGCUGCUUAUUGUCACUAUCACCAUAGUAACAUGUGUGGAAACCAUAGCAACCAAGAACAAAACAAAUAAAAUAAUCCUUGUAUAAGUGCCAUAGCAACUUAUAUGGAAGCAAAAGUCACUAAAACCAGAGUACGAGACCAGAGCUGCAAAGAAAAAAAAACAAUAAGUCUUUGUAUCAAAACCAUAGCAACCAGUAUGGAAACCAUAGUUUAGCAGCAGUAACCUAGAGUAACAUUAAGACCCUAACACCCUGAAUAGAAACCGGUGACACCAGUUUGAACAACCCACCCCCCCCCCCCAAAAAAAAAAGAAGUUAAAUGUUCAUGCUUCAAAGAGAGAAAGCCGUCCAAUAUAUGUGCUUCAGUGCAAAAUGCCGUCCAAAGCUUGGUCUGUUGCUUUAUUUCAAUACAAAAGCCGUCCAAGAUCAUUAAUCAAAAUCUGUAUAUUGUGAACAGAAAACAAACUAUAAGCACGAUUAAAGUCCCUUGAAAAUGUGUUCACAUUUGCAAGAUUUACUGUACAAUAUUUGUAUCACCAGUCAAUCCCAAUUAUAUUACAUUCCAGACAACAAUUGACAAUAUGUUUUUGGAGCAUUUUCAAGACAGGAACAAAGAUUUGUAAGCUAAAAGAUCUCUUUAUAUUAUUUAACAUUUCAUCCGUCCAUGUAGUGUAGAUGUUUUGAAUAGAUAUAUUUUUAUGAAUGUAAUUUGCUUAAAAGCAUGUCAUUGUUAUUUUUAGCUUUUAAUUAAAUAUUCCUGUUUUACUAAUUAUAUAUUAAAGAUUCUUAUUUGUGUAUGUUAUCUGUCAUGUGUUAUCAACUCACUGUUAUGCAACUUGUUUUGUGAUUUUUUAAAUUCAGGUCACAUGACAAAAGAUAAACUGUUCAUGUAAUUGUUACUUUUUUGGAACUACAAUUUUAAUUUCUAAAUACCUGAGUACAGAAUGAAACCAACCUUAUAAAUACCAUAAUAUAUGAUUUCAUAUACUUUAUGUGAUGAAACAGUGUAUAGUACAACAAAUAUUCCAUUCCUUUGGCCCUUGAGCCAAGAUUUUACUAUGUUACCCUUUGACAUUAGGUUAUUAGUAUACCCCCCUUGCCAUCGAAGCAUCAGGGAAUAUUACUUGUGAUAGAUGCAUACAUAUUCGCUUCAAUAUAAGGAAAUGGUUGUACAUAGUGAUGAUUGUUUUUGUUGAUCAUUAUAUUAUGUUCAUAUUUUUGAUGGAGAGCAACAAGAGGGGGAGAAACCCCAGGGUUCAAAGAUGACAUACGCU